AUUCUCAUUCUUUUAAUCUUCAAAUGUGGCUUUAUACUCUUGCCGCUCUAUCAAUUUCUUUCUCAUGUCUUCUAAUAAUAGUUCAAGUUAUUUACUUUCCCUACUUGAUUUCACAAGCUGAAUCAGCUCAUGGUAUUGUUAUGAGCAAAAUUGAAUCUUUUAAGAAUCUCGAAUCAGAAAUAACUCGUGAACUAUCUGACUUCACCUUCCUCCAUGUCGCCAGAAAACGUGAAAUAAUAUCAUGUGAACCCGGAUAUCCAGGUCUUCCUGGUUCAAAUGGUCGAGAUGGACAGGCUGGAAAUGAUGGACCAAAUGGAAUACGUGGAUUGGAUGCUCGUGACAUAAUGGAAGAGAUUCAAGCAAAUCAAGAAUGUAUCACAUGCCCACAAGGAGAACGUGGACCAACUGGGGCACCGGGAGAUCGUGGAGAAACUGGAGAUAAGGGAGAUAAGGGAGUUGCUGGAAUUCCAGGCCAAGAUGGUUUAGAUGGAGAACAAGGAGAAGAAGGACCAGUUGGACCAUCGGGACCUCCUGGAAGAAGAGGAAGAAAAGGAGCUGAUGGUAAAUCUGCAAUGGGUGGAUUUGGAUCACCUGGACCGAAAGGUGUGCCAGGAGCGAAGGGAGGAUCCGGAUUGCAAGGUCCUCGAGGAAAACGCAACUACAUCUACGGCCCGCCUGGUCCAAUGGGUCAACCUGGACCAUCUGGAUUGGAUGGAGUAUCUGGAAAUCCUGGAGAAAGAGGGCCAAAGGGACCACCAGGAGAUAGAGGAGCUGAUAUUAAAUUCUGUCCAUGUCCUCUAGAACUUGAGCUUUUGAAGGGAAAACACUCGAAAUCAGUUCGUCCGUCACCACCAGCGUCUCCUUCUUCAACAUCUCAGCCGACUACAUCUGCAACAACAACUUCCGAACCAUUGUCACCUUCUACCACUAUUGUAACAGAUGCUCCAGAACUUGUUACAACUGAAACUUCAACAGAAGAUCUUGCGGUAAUGGAAGAUAUCACUGCCACAACUACAAUGGAAACUAUAACCUUUGCUUCACAAGACUUAGGAAAAGAAGAAAUUCGAGAACCAGAAAAUGUGUUUGGAAGAGCUCCUGGAGCCGAAACGGGACCGCAAGGAGGGAAUGAGAUUGAAGUAUUGAAUUAUGACGAUGAGGAAAUUCGCACGAUUGAACUUCCAAAAGAAUAUGAACAUGAAGAGACACGUGGCCCAAUAAUUACCGAAGAGGAGGACGAUUAUCCUGAAGAAACUACCACUACCCGACGAUUCCGUUAUGUCACGAAGCGUCCAAUUCGAUUUGAAUAAUUCAAAUUAAGUUGCUUUUUUUUCAAUAAAAUACAUUUAUUUACC